GUCGUCGUCUUGGAGAGAUCGGGGUUGUAGAGGAUUUGUGAAUGACUUCAGGUAUUCGUCGACCACGAAGAAGGACAGCAACCAUGAUGACGAGCGUUGUGUUGGUGUUGUUCUUGUUGGUGGCUGUGGCUGUGGUGGCGUGCAGUGGAAGCAGGUUCACUGUUGCAACACGAGCAACCGCCAGCAAGCGCGUGCCAAAGGGUGCUGUGCCUAGCAACGUGCAGUGUGACGGCCGUGCUGGCAAGGGCACAGUGGCGGUCGAAUCAGCGUCGUCGUCGAGCCUGCUCGUGUCGUGGGACACGCCUGCUGCUGGUGAAUUUGAUGCCUUCUACGUUGCUGUUGGCGAGCCAAACACACUCUCUGGUCGGCCGUACUAUGCUGUGCCAACAACCAACACGUCCGUGGUUGUCCUGGACUUGAUGCCAGCGACGACCUAUGAGCUGACUCUGUAUUAUCACCGCGCCGCGCUACCGUCGUUUGUUUGGGGAUGGGAGGCCCUGAAUGAAACCAUCACGUGUGCCACAGCCUCCACUCACCAAGCUGAAGCACAGCUGAAACGAACAACCGGACCACAUCCAUCUUCCUUCAAGAUUUCACUGUCGAUGCCGCCUUUUGCACGGGCAAACGUGACAACAGCAGCAGCGUCGCAGUCAGUGGAAAUCAGGACCUUGUCGCUGGGCGAUGCAGUAAAUUGGUCGCACCACACGUUCUUCCGCGUCAGCGCAACAUGCGUCGGCCAACCUGUCGCCGCGUGUUGGGAGCUUCAGUCAGGUGCACCCGCAAAAGAUUCGGCGUCAGCUACACAUGCGUGCGUCUCUCCUAAACACCUUCACCACACCGAGGCCACGUGUGAGGCGACAAUCACGCAACUGAACCCGUCCACAGCGUACAUGGUCGUAGCCGUUAGUCACGGUCCGCCAUCACCAACCGUCAUUGCUGUUGACGUCAUGUUCACCCAAGCGUCGAAGCAAACGCGCUUUGACGAGCUGUUUCGCAUCAGCGAAUACACACUAGAUCUCGACUUCCUCGAGAACCACAACUCCGCCACUCCCGAUGCACUCGCAGCGUAUCUCUCGCACGGCACGCCCCUCAACACCUCCACCUUCUGGCCAAACUCGACAGCACACGACUGGGACAUGUGCCAGUCGACGCUGUCGCGUGUGUGCGGCCACGUGCGAGGUCGCGCCUUCGACUGCAUGGCGUGUGCAACCAACUACCACGAUGACAUUGCGCGUGUGUGCGGGGGCAACUUCACGUCACGCGAUGAUCCGUUUGAAGGAUUUGCGGUCCACUUCUUCUGUGGCAUUGGCUGGCCCGAAUCUCUCGUCAUGAACUCCACCAUUGCGCAGUACUGCGUUGAGUCUCAACCCGUCCCGGGCGGCGGCUUCGAUCGAGGUUAUGCGCAGUACCUGAGCUGCAACAGCGAUGAGACGGACUAUCUCGGCAAUAAACCCAUCGACCCCACGUGCAUCUGCUGGGUGUACGACGACCGUGUGAUCAGUCAGCAAAACGCAUCAGAGCUGCACCGCCACUGCGAUUUCAACCACCGCGAACCAUAUGUCAACGAAACGACGUGCAACUGCGGUCCAAAUGGACAGCUCAUUCUCCCAGACAAUCCUUCCGCAAGGUAUGUCGGCAUCUCGCCUGUGCUGCUCCCCUACGGAUUCUGGCUCGACAAAGCACCGCCGUCGUCAUAUCCGGUCUCCGUCAACUGCGGUGACAACUUCAGCACACCCCGCAUGGGCUCCUGCGGACUGACGCAAUCACUUGGCGAGAAUGGAUGCACGUGGCGCAUGCUGCCGCGUGUUCGCAUGCUCUUUGGACCGGAUCUCAUGCACGCCGGCUGGAACCCGAAUCCGCCGGCGGACACGCUGACCAAUAUGACGGCGACGGAAGCGAAUGUGAGGGCAUUUCAGCGCGCCGUUGCAACUGUGGAGACACGACUGAAGCCACGCUGCUGCGGCUGUUAGGAAUAUGCUGCCUUUUGUCUUCUGAUGUCGCGUGUGCGCGUUGAUCAGUUCACAAGAGCGGUGAUGUGACACGCAUACGCUGUUGGUUAUGACAUUGUUUAUUCACACCGGUCCCAAUACAUGAAGGACAGAC